AUGGUGAACCGACUGCUGUUCAUAGAUAUCCUGAUGCAAAUUUGUACAAUAUAUAUUAAACCAUGUGUUCCCCAUGAAGGGAGCAGAAUUGAUGGUACUUGUAAUAAUUAUAAAUAUCCAUCAUUGGGUGCUGCUAAAGGACCUUACGCGAGACUGCUAAAGCCGGACUAUGCUGAAAAUGGAGAUGUAAAAGUCAGUAAGAAUGGCAAGCCGCUACCGUCAGCGAGGCUGGUCCGGACAUUCCUGCAGAGUACAGGCCGUGUCACCGAUAAGAUUAACUUCAACGUCGCCGCUGUGCACUAUUUAGAUUUUAUCAAUCGAGAUGUCAGCGUUUUGUUUGAACCAAUUGAUUAUCUCACAAAGGGGAAGGAUUGUUGCCAUCAAACAGAAGCAAAGGAUCCUCGGUGCAUGCCAAUACAAGUACCGGACAAUGAUCCUUACCUUAAAGUUACAGACAUACGAUGUCUCAAUUUUUCUCGUGCGGAAACAUUUCAAGACAUCGGAUGUCUUUCCAAGUCUAUGCUACCUGAACAUAUUAAUUUACAAACGCCACUCAUAGAUUUAUCAACAAUCUACGGAGUUGAUGACAGAUCUAUGAACAUGGUAAGAAAAUGGGAGGAUGGUCUUUUAUUGAUGGAAGAGAGAAACGGUCGUAAUGUACCUCUUGUGAACUUAACUAAGAAUUUAUGUAUUCAGAACGUGGAGAAUGAAACUAACUGUUAUACUUUUGGUUUCCCAGAGGUUGGUAAUUUCGAUUUAAGAACAACCAGUUUCAACAUAUUUUUCAUGCGCGAACAUAAUCGUAUUGCGAAAAUAUUGCACGAAUUAAAUCCAUGUUGGAAAGACGACCGGCUAUUUAAAGUCGCCCGUCAGAUAAAUAUUGCGACAGCGAGCAACAUAUUCAUGUACGAACUCUUACCGCUCUUGUUAGAUCGAAGAAACAUGAUUAGUUAUGGUUUAAUAUCGAAUCGCAAGUCUCAAGUGAGUGCGUAUGAUGAAACUGCAAUACCUCUAGUCUUCGCGGAGUACGAGAUUGCUACAAGAUUCUUCCAUACAUUACUUGACGGAAGAAUAAAGAAAUACGAUGAGAAUUACAAUUAUCUAGAUGAAUUUACCUACAGUGAUACUCUAUUCAGACAAGAUCUUUUGGAACAGAAUGGAAACUUUGAAGAAAUCAAUCGCGGCACAUUCUAUCAGAAUGCAGCUAAAAUGGAUGACAUUCAAGAUCCGGAGAUCGUUGAACGUUACUUUGGUAAUUUACAAAAAGCUUACGAUCAAACUGCUAGUGAUAUACAAAGAAGUAGAGACUUAGGUAUGAGAGGAUACAAUGAAUACAGAAGUAUUUGCGGUUUAAAAUCUGCAAAAACUUUUGAAGAUUUCGCUGAUGUUAUCGACAUAGAGAAAGUAGAGCUAUUGAAGCAUCUGUACGAAGAUGUUGACGAUGUCGACUUACUGGCUGGAAUAAUGAGUGAAAGUUACAUUAAGAAUACAUUUAUUGGACCGACACUAUUUUGUAUAAUGGCUCGACAAAUGAGUGUCUACAGAUACGGAGAUCGAUUUUGGUUCGAAAGGGGGGAUCAAUUCCAUAGUUUCACACCUCUUCAAUUGCAAGAGAUCAGGAAGACGAAUUUAGCUCGCGUUGCGUGCGAUAAUGCCGAUGGUAUCAAAUAUAUACAACCGCAAGCAUUUCUUAACGUCCAAGUAUACAACGCUCCGGUCUCCUGUUCUCGCAUACCGGGCGUAGAUCUGACAAAUUGGUACGACAGAAACUGUUACAAGGCUAAUGAGAACAAAUUAACUUCUGUACCUGAUCGUGACGUCACUAAUAAGUUUUAUAUACACGUGACAUAGUAUGAAAAUUAAGA